AUGCCGCCACCCGAAACCGUUUGGACGGGGUCUGUCCGCCGGGUUCUGAAUUACUGCAGGCUAUACAGGCACGCGAGCGUUCUUGCGGAUGGCAAGAUCUACAUUGAUGGAGGCAAUACCUACAUCCCCAACGAUAAUACGACUUUCAACAACUCUCUAUCAGGCAACUACACCCUGGGUAUGAAUGAUCAGUUUCUCGUUCUCGACCUUUCACAGAACUUCACAGACUCAGACACCUUCCCAUACACAUCCUUGCGAAAGGGUUCAAAUGUACCCAACUCUCUCAUCGAGAAUUCCCUUCUGUAUUCUCCGUCAACGAGGAAGGUCACUCAGGUGGGAGGUUGGUUCUCCUAUAAUACGCAGACCGACCCCGGCUACCUUUCCGACGAUGAGAUACCUCCUCCAUCAGUAUGGGAAUUCGACAUAGGCUCCGAAACUUGGAGUCAGGCAUCCGAUGUCGGGACCUUUGGCAAUAAGCAAAAAUUGGAAAGGCCAGGCGCUGCAGCUUACUGCGACGCGCUGGCGCUGAACAAGAGCUUUGUAUUUGCAGGACAGGUAUGGCGUAGGACAGAUCCAGAAUACGAUACUUACGUCUUGGGAGAGGAUAUGAAAUUCUUGGAGGGAAUGUUGAUGCUGGACACAAGCAGCGCCGUAACUACGCCCACGUUCACCAACAUCUCAGUCCCUACGUCUCUCGAUGAUGGAGCUCAUCCGUUCGGACCUAGGCUCAACGGAGCCAUGGUUCAUGUCCCAUCGGGUGGCCAAGGAGUUCUAGUCUUCAUUGGUGGCCAAACUCCGCAGAAUCCGACUGAUUAUGGGAUGCAGAUUUCUAAUGCGGCGCAGCACAACGUGAUGUUGGACAACACCUUUGUCGACAUAUAUGACAUACAGAGCGGAGGCUGGUUUCGUCAACAGACAUUUGGGGUCCCUGAUAUCCCUUCAGCAAGAUCCGACAUCUGCAUAGUACUAGUGACAGCAGAGGAUCAAUCCUCGUACAACAUUCUUAUGAUUGCCGGCAGGCCAAACUAUAAAGUCUAUCUUCCUACCGAGGAAAUAUGGGUUCUAACUAUACCAACAUUCCAAUGGGUCCUGGUCCACACUCGUCCCAGCGGAAGGUACGGACACACUUGCCACUCUGUAGGCGAGAACCUGCUCGUGAUCGGCGGGAUGGAAACACAGACCGAUGGCCAAGACGUGCAGACCUGUUCAGACACGAUGCCAGCAGAAGUCUUCAACCUCGCCACACAGUCCUACACUGGAGUGUAUGAUGCAGCAGGCGCGUCAAGGGCCGCACCCAUUCCAGCUCAAGUCGUGGAUAUCAUAGGAGGCACACCUAGCGGCGGAGCAACCCUGAGAACUCCGAAAGUAUGGAGCAAUGUAUACCUACAAUAUGUCUUCGACCACUCACUCGAGCGACCCGAAUUUACACCAACAUACACGCUUGCGAAUGAGACCCAAAAUAACACGACCAAAUCGGCUAGCAACAACCAUGAUGAGCCGAGCACUGCUGCCGUGAUCGGAGGAGCCGUGGGCGGUGCCUUCGGGGCUUGCAUUCUGAUCAGCGCCCUUGUAGCCAUUUUUGUCGUCCGAAGCCGUCGUAGGAGGGCAAAUUCAGACGAAGAGAAGGCGAAGAAGCAGCAACAGGCCGAGAAGGGAGUCCCGUUCCCCGGACACGGGAAUGACGACAAGCAAGUCCUCAAUCUGCCGGAGCCUGAUCAGACUCGACCAGCAGAAUUGGAUUUGAACUCACGGCCUUCGGAGCUUCAGAUCAACAUCAACCCUGUCGAAUUCGCCGCCUUGGAAUCAGUGGCCAUAGUUACCGCAGACAAUGUAUGCAUCAAGCUGUUCAUCCUGGACACGAUCACCAUAAUGUCCGGAGAUACAGCAAACGAGCAAGAGGUGGUCCAUCUUCACCCAACUGGCUGGGAAAGGGAUCCCGAGGAGGAGAGGUUCAAGCUUUCAACUCUUGACUACCUUGUUGGUUGUGUCUACGUCAGCUAUGCUGUUUUCUUCAAGAUCGACGACGAUGCAGCCAAGCCCAAAGUCGCACAAUUGUUGAAGCAGGGCCUUGAAAGGACUUUGAGCCAGACUCGGCACCUUUGUGGCACCAUCGAGAAAGACGCGGACGGUGGCCAUUCCUUCGUCAAGAAGCGUGACAGCACCGUCAAGUUUGUGACAAAAUGGCUGGAUCAGGCUGAGAAUAAGGGGAGGUUUCCGUCAUUUUCCGACCUUGAAAAAAGCCACUUUGUCUCCCGGGCGCUGGGUGAUAUCAGUCAUUACAGUGUAUCUCCCAUGACAUAUGGGGAGAAGCCCGAGGCGUAUCUGGACAACCACCCCAAAGUCGCGGCUUUCCAGGCUAACUUUAUCCGUGGCGGUCUUGUGUUCAUGAUGCAUCAUCACCACACGGCUAACGACAUAAUGGGCUGGGCAGGAGAGCUACACCAGCUGGCCGAGAAUUGUGCCGCCAUCUGGGAUAGAACAGUGUUUCCUGCCUGGGAUCCUGCCUGUCUAGAUGUGUCGAUCUUCACAAAGAAGGAGUAUCCGGCGGAUCAACAAGUCGAGGGACCUGUCUCACCGGAGAAGCAUCCGGACCACAGGAAGUCACAGUGGCUCCUAUUCCAUCUGCCGAAAAGCAAGGCUGCUGAGUUAAAGAAGCUGGCGUCACCAGCCGAUGAAUCGUAUUGGAUUUCGACCUACGACGCUUACCAAGCAUUUGCCUGGCGGGUCUUCUCCCGCCUCCGCGCCAAAGUAUACAAACCGGACCUCUCAUCGACACCACUAUGGGGAGAAGCAGUCGAUAUGAGAAAGCGCUGUCACGACCCCGCGGUGCCAGUCCGGAUCCAGCACAACGUUGUCGGGGUCGCGCUCUCGCCACAGACGCCCGUGCCACCGCUGACGGUUGCCGAGAUCAUCUCGGACGCGCCGUUGAGUAAGCUCGCGUGGUUUGUUCGGCAGAUGACCAACAGCACAACUCAGGAGUGUCUGGACAAGACACUUGACGCCAUCGCACCCGUGCGUGACAAGUCUGUUCUAUACCUCCGUUGCGACUCCUCCGAGCCGAUGUACAACUUCACGACCGACUGGCGCGACACGAAUAUUGCUGGGGCAGAUUUUGGGUUUGCCAAGCCGUAUGCGUUCCGUCAUCCAAUGGACUUCGUGACUCCCGGGCUGCAGAUUGUAUAUCCACCUCUCAGCAAUGAUCCUGGCUCUGAUGAGGGGCCAGAGCUGUGUGUUGGGUUUGAGAAGGAGUUGACAGAGGACCUGAUUGAGGAUGCCGAGUGGUCCAAGUAUUUCGAGUUCAGAGGUAUUGAUGCUGAAGAUGCAGAUUAA